UGUCAUGCAAAUGGCUAAUUACUUUCUUGGUGCAAUUUUGUUCUUACACUGCCUAAUAGCGGCUUGCUUAGCCAUGGCGACAACCAAUAUUACAACUGAUCAAUCUUCUCUGCUUAGCUUCAAAACUCACAUAAAAUUAGACUCUUCCCACAUUUUAUCAAAAAAUUGGUCGGUUUCUACUUCCGUUUGUGUUUGGAUUGGAGUUACUUGUGGUCUUCGCCAUCAAAGAGUGACUGCCCUUGAUAUUUCUCGCAUGAAUCUUACUGGAAAGAUACCUUCCCAAUUGGGAAAUCUAUCCUUCCUUAUUUCUAUCAAUAUAACAGGAAACUAUUUUCUUGGUAGUGUUCCAAAAGAGUUGAUUCAACUCCGACGAUUAAAAUUCAUGGACUUGAGUGUCAACAAAUUCAGUGGUGAAAUCCCUUCAUGGCUUCAUUUCUUAACUAAAUUACAGGUUUUGUAUCUUUAUACUAACAGUUUUACAGGUUUCAUCCCACCUUCUCUCUUUAAUAUAUCCACGCUCCAAUUCUUGGAUUUCUCUUUCAAUCCUUUACAAGGGAAAAUCCCAGAAGAAAUUGGAAAUCUUCAUAACUUGAAAAUACUUGCAUUACAAGAUAACAGACUCACUGGCGUAAUACCAUUGCAGAUUUUCAACAUAUCGACAAUGAAAAUUUUUGCUUUUACAGGGAAUAAUUUAACUGGUAAUCUCCCUCUUAACAUAUGCCACGGCUUCCCGAGACUCCAAGGGCUUUAUCUAUCUAAAAAUGAAUUGGGUGGUGAAAUUCCUUCCAAUCUAUCAGAAUGUUUACAACUUCAGGACCUUUCUUUGUCUAACAACAGGUUUAGUGGAUCAAUUCCAGGAGAAAUUGGGAGAAUAAGGACGCUUCAGAAUUUAUUACUUGGUUCCAAUGAUUUGUACGGUGCAAUUCCACGUGAGUUGGGUAAUUUGGAUAACCUCAAGGAGUUGGACAUGGGAUCUAAUUUUCUUAAUGGCUCUAUACCAGCCAGUAUCUUCAACAUUUCAUCAUUGCAACAUAUUGAUUUUGAACGUUGCAACCUAUCUGGCAACCUUGAUCCAAAUUCGAUUGCAAAUUCUUCUAAACUCACUACGAUAAUGUUGUCUUUCAACGACUUUAAUGGACCAAUUCCAAACUUCCAAGGGAAGCUGAGAUUCCUUGAAAAGUUACACUUGGCUUAUAACAAUUUCAUUAGUGAAUCUCCAGAAUUGAGCUUCAUCACUUCAUUGACAAGCUGUAGAUAUCUAACAUCGUUGGCUUUUGGCAACAAUCCUCUGAAUGGCAUUCUUCCAUUAUCAAUUGGAAAUUUGUCCACUUCUCUUCAAUAUCUUUAUGGUCAUAGUUGUGAUCUCAGAGGUAGUAUUCCAAAUGAAAUUGGCAAUCUCACCAGUUUGAUAAAGUUAAGUCUGUCUGACAAUGAGUUGAUAGAAUCAAUUCCAGCAAGCAUGUUGAAUUUGCAAAAGCUUCAAGGAUUAUAUCUUCAAAGAAAUAAAAUAAGUCAAUCUAUCCCAGACUCUCUCUGUCAACUGCACAACUUAUAUGUAUUGUUACUGUCACAAAAUCUUAUAACAGGUGCUAUUCCAAGGUGCAUAGGUAAUAUAACUACACUAAGAUAUCUAUAUAUCGAUACCAACAGAUUGACUUCCAGCAUACCUGCAAGCCUGUGGCUCCAGAAAGAUCUUCUAGGGUUGAAUCUAUCUGCAAAUACUUUGAGUGGCUCUCUACCUCAAGAAAUUGGGAAACUGAAGGCUACAUAUCUUAUUGAUCUAUCAGUCAAUCGAUUCUCUGGUAGUAUCCCAAGCGCAAUUGGAGAUUUACUGACCUUGAGUAAUCUUUUCUUAGCACAUAACGCACUGCAAGGAUCUAUUCCGGAGUCGAUGGGUAAGAUGCUCAACUUGGAGCAACUCGAUCUUUCUCACAACAAUCUUUCUGGUAAUAUCCCCAAGUCCUUGGAGGCACUUAAGUAUCUCUCAUACUUGAACAUUUCUUUCAAUGACUUAAGUGGUGAAGUUCCUUCUGCUGGUCCUUUCAAAAACUUUUCAAGUGAAUCCUUCAUGUCUAAUGAGGGAUUAUGUGGUGAUCCUCUAUAUGGUCUCCCAUCAUGUCCUACUGGUAGACAAAAGAGAAGUAAACAGAUGCUUAUAGUUGUAUUUUCUUUGUUGGGGAUUACAUUCCUAAUUUUAAUUGUCACAGCCUUGGCGACGUACGCAAUUGGGAAAUGCCGAAGGAAAUAUUUGGUGGAAAAUGGAGUAGACUUUGCACCUGUAACAACUCUGAGGGUCUCAUAUUAUGAACUUUUGCGCGCAACUGAAGGGUAUAGUGAGAGCCAUUUGCUUGGGACUGGGAGUUUGGGCUCUGUCUAUAGAGGGACUCUCAAUAAUGGAAGGGAUGUGGCAGUGAAGGUUUUCAAUUUGCAACAACAAAAUGCAUUCAAGAGUUUUGAAGUAGAAUGUGAAGUACUACGCAACCUUCGCCAUAGGAAUUUGUGCAAAGUCAUCAGUACUUGCUCUAAUCCAGAUUUCAAGGCCUUGGUACUUGAGUACAUGUCUAAUGGAAGCCUUGAGAAGUGGUUGUAUUCAAAUGACAAUGUGUUGGAUAUCUUGCAGAGAAUUAACAUAAUGAUAGACGUAGCAUAUGCGUUGGAAUAUCUGCACUAUGGCUACUCAACGCCUAUUGUUCACUGUGAUUUGAAGCCAAGUAAUGUUCUACUAGAUGAAAAUAUGGUUGCCUACUUGAGUGAUUUUGGAAUUGCUAAGUUAUUGGGUGAAGGCGAAAGCAAUGCAAACACUACGACCUUGGGAACACUGGGUUACAUUGCACCAGAGUAUGGAUUGGAAGGAUCGGUGUCAAUAAAAUGUGACGUUUAUAGCUACGGCAUUAUGUUAAUGGAAGUAUUUACACGAAUGAAACCAAACGAUGAAAAGUAUUCUGGAGAUUUAACCCUAAGGAGCUGGGUCAAUGAUUCUAUGCCCAAUGCAAUAACUCAGAUUGUAGAUUCGAACUUGUUGGGGCCAGAAGAACUCAGCACAAAAAAGUUGAAAUGUUUGUUAUCUAUAAUGGAACUUGCUUUAAAUUGCUCCAUAGAGAGUGCUGGUGAGAGGGUGAACAUGAAAGAAGUUGUUGUAGCACUGAAAAAUAUCAGAUUUCAGCUUCUCACCUAAUAACAUUUUGAAAUUUAUUAGCAUAAUGCAAUGUUUUCUCUAUGUAUUGUAUAA